AUGGAGAGGCGAAAGCUCAAGCUGAGAAGGGACCAUUUCGUCGUGGCGAUGGAGCACGUGGGUUUCGCAGAGCCAUCUGAGAUUCUCGCGCUGCUGGGUCAAAUGGCGCGGCUGAGUCUUGAUGGAGGCGACAUUGCACUUGGCAGGGCCAUAGUUUCCUGCACGACCGCAAAGCGCUGGUCCUGUGCAGUGGAGUUGCUACAGCAUGCCCAACAGAGUCGAGUGAGGAUCCCCCCUUCACACUUUGACUCUGGCACACUGGUCUGCGAGAAAUUGGGGGAGACGAAGCUCAUGCUCGAGCUCGUUGCUUCAAGGAUUCGUGAUGGAGGGCCUUUGCGUGACGAGACUGCUUUUCGUGCCUGGCAUGCUGCCAUCGACCUUUCGGCGGAACUGGUGCAGGCUGCGUGUCAGCCGGAUGAUGUCGAGUUCGGGAAGGUGGCAAAACUUGUCAGCCCGUCGGCAGCAGAAAUCGUUGCUGCAGUCGGCCUGGAGGGUUUCCACUUGGACUUGUCCAAGACCGAAACUGAUGCCGCGGAAGCGAAGCGGAUCAUCAAGAGGAUGAAGUCGAUAAAACUACCGCCAAACGCUCUUUCGUAUCAAAGAGCCCUCGAUGCUUGUGCCCGGAGGGACGAAUGGUCGGCGGGCGGCGAUUUCCUGACUGGCAUGCAUGCCAAACAGAUUUCUUUGCCGGCGAGCUACUGGCAGAAUCGGCAACACAUGUCCUGUCAAAUUUUGGAGAAGAAGUGCAGCUUGGUCUCGGAUGUACUGCCUGUUUUCAUUCAAUUGCAAGCCUGCGGUGUCAGUCUGACUUCGUACCACUACAUCGUGGGUCUCCGCCAUGUUUCCGACGACGUCAUAAAAACGCGAGCCUUUCUGAAGCAGAUGAGCGACAUGGCAGUGAAUCCCAACCCGUACACUCUCUUCCAGGGCUUUUCUGCAUGCAGUACUGCUGGAUCCUGGGACGCGGCUUGUGACUUUCUUCGAGCAAUGGUCGACAGAGGCUUGCUUCGGACCGACGAAGUGGACUACGAUGGGGAAAACCUGGUUCCACUGGUUCCGAGCUCCAGAAGGGAUCGUCUAGAGCUGCUUUCCGACAUGUUUUCCAAGGCUGGCAUGUGGGAAGAGGCACUGCUUUGGUUUGCAGGCCUUUCACGGGUCGGAGUGCUUCCGAAGCAAGCUGAUUUUGUGGACGUCAUUACGGCGCUGUCAAGCUCCCGGCAAUGGCAGCUAGCAUCAACAUUACUUCGUGAUGUUCCCGACCGGAUUUUCACGGAAGGAAUGCUUGCAGACCUCGUUGACCGAACAGACGACUGGAGGAUCUUGUUAGAGCUGCUGGCUCGGCUGAAACCGACAGGACCUUCGAGCGAUGCCUAUUACACCGCAACCAUAGCAGCCUGCGGCAGGGCUUCGGAGUGGGAGAGAGCAAUCAGUCUUUUGGGAGAAUCGGCUUCCGAAGCCAUCUAUGGUGCUGCCAUAAAUGCCUGUGACAAGGGAGGAGAGCAGCUGCGCGCGAUGCAGCUCAUGGACGAGAUGUGUAGAAGGAAGUUGGCGCCAGGGGAAGUCGCUUUCAGCGGAGUGCUGGCAGCAUGUCGUAGAAGAGCAGCAUUGGGCUCCUGUGCAGCAGGAUCGGCCUGGAGAAGGGCUCUUGGCCUUGUGGAGGACAUGUCUGCAAGCGAAGUGCCCCCAAAUCAAAUCUGCUAUAACCAGCUGCUGGAUGCUGUCGUGCGUGAGCCUGUGAGCUUCUCGAUCUUCCGGAAGGGUCUGGAAGCGAACGUGUGGCCCGGGAUCCUCACAAAAGACGACAUCUUAGAUGUGCAUUCCUUCUCACCAGGUGCCGCCGCCAUCGCAGUGCUUUGGUGGCUGGCCGAGGUGGUGCCCUCUUUCACCCACGGAUCGAGCGGCCGUUUAAAAAUCAUUACCGGCUAUGGCAAGUCUCGCAAGGAUUGGAGUUUCUCGAACUCGAAGGAGCAGGGUGUUCAGGAUCGUGUGUUGCAGGUCCUCCAACAUGCCGGAAUUCCGUGCCAAGUGAACUCGCGAAAUCGCGGCGUCGUCAACCUCGAUCUGACCGGCAUCCCGGUUGAAUCUCUGCAGCGGCUCUUUCCGAAGCAGAGCUCCGCA